GUGCUCCGGUGAUCUGGUUUAACGCUGCUUAACCCCGUGGAGGAGUGGGGCGGUGAUAGGAUUUUGGCUGUUGCUCAUAAAUAUCCAUACAUGCAAUCAUAUUACCUCUGAUUGGCCAACAGCAAUGCGACACCAGCGAGAUGGACCUAGUCUCUGUAAAAUGCAAAAUCCACCAGGGAUUGGGUUUUAAAUUUUUAACUAGUGUAAACAGAACUGAUUUAAACAUUUGUACUUCGCUGGUGGUGUUCCAUAGACAAAUUCUAACCAUUUGUUCCUUCGCUCUAAAAUGACUGGGCAAAGCAUAAAACACUGAUGUGAUAUCAUAUUUGCACAAAUAACACAGGAACGAACUGCCAUGUUGUUUCUAGUGCUGUUAGCUCCUAUCUGACAAGAUGUACCUGGCUGUGUGCUUUUUUCUGAGGGACUUGUUUUUCUAAACAUUUUCUUUUACUAGUUACUGCAGACAAUGGAGGUUGAGGAAGAGUUUCAUGUGCAGAAAAAGUGGAUUUUAGCAGAAGGACACCUUUAAAGUUAUUUUAUGCAUACGUUUAUACAUGUAAUUUCAUGGGGACAGAAAUGGCACCAAUUUUGCAGAAUAUGCCUUCAGGUAGCACCCUCAGGUAGUUCUCCAGGUGCCAGCAUCUGUAAAUAAAAUCACGAUAAGUCGACUGACAAGCAUGAACGAAAAGGUUGAAUAGGGGAACAGACUGCAGAAAAACAUCUCUAUAAUAUUCAUGCAUUUCCACUAUCUUAACGUACUGUGUGUAUAAACAGUCUUUUUUUAUUAAAGUAUCUAUAUUUAUUUUUAAGAUCUCAGUGCCACGUUUUUAAUAUCAGGGCCCUCGGAAUUCUACCAAUGAAGUGUGAGGCUACUUUGAGCUUGUUAAUGGUGUAAAAAUUGUAAAUGUAAAAUGAAAUCCACAUCUUUAUAAAAGUUGUCAGUAGCAGAGGGAAGCAUGAAGUGCUGUAAGAUUUUGAGGGAAAACAAAACUGCUCUGACUUUGGACUUGAUAAUAAAACACAGUGGAUCAACACCAGCAGAUGAUGAACAUGUCUCUCCAAACAAACCAUCACUGAUUGGUGGAAACUUCACUCUAGACCUCAAGCAGUUUGGACUGUGUGUCUCUCCACUCUUCCUCCAGACUCUGCUCCCUUUAUUUCUUAGCUAAAUGCAAAAUUUACUGAUGAUCAGUAAUGGUUUGGAGAGUCAUGUCAUCUGCUGGUGUUGGUCCCUGUUUUUUUUUUUUUAAAGAAAUGUCACUGAAGUGUGCUGCUACAGCGACAAAGGAAAUAAAAUGCGAAGAAAAAAAAGUUAAAAGAACUGAAGGACAGAAACCAAAGAAGUGGGUGUGGUGUAAUAAUGUGCACUUUUUACGGUAAGGUGAAAUGCAUGCUCAGCUACACUGCAACAAACUAAAUCUUAGCAAGUGAAAUUUUCUAAAUUUAAGGCAAUAAAUAUUAUUUUUUUUCUCUGAUAAGACUUUUUUUUCUUACUAAGCAUUGUGUAAGUGUUAGAUUAUUUUGCUUAUUUUAGGGAUAAUUAUCUUAAUCAUUCUUAAUUUGUACCUUAUUUUAAGUAAUUUGAACUCGAAAUAAGCACAAUUCUUGUGUCCAAAAACGGUGACUUUAGGUGUUACUUCACUCAUUUUGAGACUUUGCCAUUGCUUUUUGUUAGAAAUCUUACUAAGAAAUUUUUGCUUACCCCAUUGGCAGAUUUCUUUGCUUAAUAUACAUAUAUUUGUCUUAAUUUGCAUAUAUUAUUUUCUAGUUUUUGCCAAUGGAUUUUUUGCAGUGUAUAAGCCUAGACAUAGGCAUAGACACUGGAACUGCUUCUUAGCUUCUAUGAUGCUGAAAAAGAUAAAAUCAAAACUUCCAUUGAAGAGUUGACCUUUAUCUUAAGAGCAUCAGUAGCUUGAACUGUUAAAGAAAAAAGUGACUCAAAUAAGGUGUUUAUUUUAGGCUACUUUUAUACUAUCUAAAAGUCAUGGCCACAGCUAUUUUCUCAUUUUCACACCAAAUUAAGUCAAAGACUAAGAUUUUUUUUGUAUAUUUGUGACCCCUGCUAUCCAUCUAUUGGUCUAAUUGCAGUUGCAGUUGAUAUCUGUGCCUUGAACAGGAUGAGCUGAUGUGAUAAUUGACCAUGAGCUCUGAUUUCUUGUUUUUUAGGUGUGCUCUCUUCAGACACCAUGGCGAAUCUGUGACCUCCGUACCACUCCAACUGAACGAUGGACUCUGAGGACCUCCCAGCAAAGGACGCUCCACUCACUGUUAAUGAGCAGCCGUUCUCUGUAUGACUGCAGUUUUUACAGCUGUUAGGUUCCUGCAUGACAAAAACAGGUUAUCGUCAUGUCUGGUCAGGAGACCAUCCGUGUGCUGGAAGUGGAAGUGGACGCUACGGUGCCGCCCUCCCGGGUGGAUGUGAAGGUUGAGGCUGGAGCAGAGGACCGGGGAGCUCUGACUUUAGAGCCGUCUGAGGGAGUAGUGCAGGACAUCCCAGCACCACAUUCCAGCAUCACGACCUCUGUUUGCACUGAGACAGCAGCCCCUGCAGUUCAGACUGUUACAGCCCCUCUCAGCCUCUCCCUGCCCCAGACCCAGGCCGCCAUGCCCAUCACUGUCCAGGCCUGCCCACAGGUUCUGACCCAGGAUGGCUUGGCUACUCUGAUGACUGGUAUGAUGGCGCAGCAGGGAUCACUAGGCCAGCCCCUGUUGAUCCCCCUCAGUAUGGCGGGGUCAGUGGGAGGCCAGGGUGGCCUGGCUGUGCUCACCUUGCCAACGGCUACUGUGGCAACUCUGCCUGGUCUUACUGCAGCAGGUGCAGCUGGUGGACUUAUCAAGCUGCCUUUUGCUGGGCUGCAAGCUGCUACUGUUCUGAACUCGGUCCAGUCUCAGCUCCAGGCUCCAGCGCAGACGGUUCUGCAGCCACAAGCAGCUGCGCUUCAGUCACUGCAAGCAGCUGUGCAGCAGGCCACCCCAGUAAGCACUGCGCAGGUGGCUGCUGCUACUGCGGCUCCAGUUCUGCAGAAGGUUUCCGAGCCCAGUGCCUCUGUCGCAACACUCCAGACCGGGGGUCUCACCAUCAACCCUGCUAUUAUCAGCACCGCCUCACUGGGUGCCCAGCCGCAGUUCAUCAGCUCUCUGACUACAACUCCCAUCAUCACUAGCGCCAUGUCCAAUGUGGCAGGACUCACCAGCCAGAUCAUCACUAAUGCACAGGGACAGGUGAUUGGCACAUUGCCUCUGCUGGUGAACCCUGCGUCUUUAGCUGGAGCGGCUGCAGCGCCUGCAUUUUCCGGUCAGGGUCUUCAGGUCCAAACAGUGUCCCCUCAGCUGCUGCUGAACCCACAGGGUCAGAUCAUAGCCACCAUUGGAAACACUCCGGCUGCAGCUGCUGCUACCACCCCCACCACCUCCACAGUGCUGUCUAAAGCCCCUGGACCUCUGACUCACAAGACAACCGCACAGGGUCCUGUUGUGACUGUAGCCCAGUCUCCGCUGGUGAUCACCCCACAGCCCUCAGCCGGUAAAAUAGUCUCCUCCAUCUCCUCAGCUGUGCCUAUUGCCUGUGCAGAGAUGCCUACCGUGGGCCAGCUUGUUAGCAAGCCACAGUCUGGAGUGAGUGAAGAAGAGGGCAUUAACCUGGAGGAGAUCAGAGAGUUCGCCAAGAACUUUAAGAUCCGACGGCUCUCGCUGGGACUGACCCAAACACAGGUCGGCCAGGCUCUCACAGCCACUGAAGGACCUGCUUACAGCCAGUCUGCAAUCUGCAGGUUUGAAAAGCUUGACAUCACGCCGAAGAGUGCUCAGAAGCUGAAGCCUGUUUUGGAGCGUUGGCUGGCCGAGGCCGAGCUCUGGAAUCAGAAGGGGCAGCAGAACCUGAUGGAGUUUGUCGGCGGGGAGCCAUCCAAGAAACGCAAGCGCCGCACCAGCUUCACCCCGCAGGCCAUCGAGGUUCUGAACACCUACUUUGAGAAAAACGCCCUUCCUACCGGCCAGGAGAUCACCGAAAUCGCCAAGGAGCUUAAUUACGACCGGGAGGUGGUGAGAGUGUGGUUCUGUAACCGCAGACAGACUCUGAAGAACACCAGUAAGAUCAACGUGUUUCAGGUGCAGUAAGGGAAGACUCUGAACUGUUUAGCGUGCAAUACGAGACUGAAAAUACGGAAUAACGGACCUAAACUGUUCUUUUGUACUGUAACUUUAAAAAGAUGGUGCUUUUUGUGUGUGUGUUUUGAGUGUCUAAGGUAGUGCUCCUGUUUGAUGGACUUGAUGAUGGAUUUAAAUGCAUGAAUGGUCGAUCUAUGGACGGAGUAGUACAAAAUAUGCUCCUCUAAUUUUCUGUAUUUUUUUUUUUUAUUACUCUGCAUGAGGUACUCUCAUUUAAAACAUUGACCACUGAUGAAGCUUCAGUGAGAAAUUGAGCAAUUUGAUUUAAUUCAAUAUGUAAAUAGGCCUGUCAUGAUAAGUUGUUUUUGGAAGAUAUAUUGUUGUAGAAAUGAUUUAAGACAUUUUAUGCCACUAAUAUAUUGGCAGUGCUGUAGCAUAAUAAUUCAUGCAUUUACACUGCAUUUGCUUUUUAGGAGCAAUGGACUUUUAAUUACUAGGAAUAUUCAUUGGAAUUGAAAUAUAUAAUAUAAAUAAAAAAAAAUGAAAUAAAUAUAAAAAAACAAAGUCAGUGUAGCAGCUGAGCUGAUUUACUUAAUAAACAUUUUUGACUGAAUAAAACGACACAAUAAAGUAAACACAUUGAGUAAUACUGAGGGCAGCAAAAAUGAUUUGUACAAUAAGUCUAUAAUGUAUGUAAUUAUUGUGACAGGCCUGUAAACUGUAAAUUGUAAAUUUAUGUUACUGUGGUCAUCUUUUUAAAUACCUUAACAUUACAAUAAUACUGUAAAUAAUACUUUUAUAAAUCAUCACCAUAUACAAGCCCCCUAGUUAUGGUUCUAUUAAAAAUUUAACCAACAUCAGUAGUAGUACAGCACAAUCUCUGAUAUAAAUUUACAGUUUUCUACUAUUCAUAAUCAUAAUCUGCUUGUGCAAUAUCAUUUACAGCCGAGGACUGAGAUUGACAUCAGGUCUACACUUCCAGAUGUUAAAGACUGUUGGUGAUGUAACAUAUGAGUGUAUUUUGUACAUUUUUGUUUUCCAGCUCUAUGGUAGCUCCUGCAAUCCUCCUGUAUGGUCAUUGUCCGUCUGUCUGUCUUUCUGCGGUGUGUGUGAGCAGUGUGUGAUAUUGGACAAUCAUGGUAUUGUGUGGAUCAGAUUAUCAGAGUAUGCCCUUUACUGAAGUGGCAGAAUCCACUGUAUUCUGAUUGGGCUGGAUAGAUGUAUAUGGUUAAUAUGGCAGUGCACACUAUAGGUCUAUUGUUUUAAAUAGAGAAUUUACUAAAUCUUACAAAUCGUUAAAACUGCAGUGAGAUAAAUGUGAAGUUAAAUUUCUAUGGAUUACUGUUACUUUAUAACUACAAUCUUGCCAAAAUAAUAGCUUAGGUAGGUCUGCGUUACAUAAAUGAUCUUUAUAAUGUGAAAGUCAGCCUCAUAUAAAGACAUACAUACUGUAAUGUAAAAUGGGAAUAUGGAUAAACUUUCUUUAAGUGAAGUUGCUAGCUGAAGAACAGUUUGAUUAAUGUUGUUUCUGGGUUAAAAAAGCCUCUGGGAAGACUUUAUGUAAUAUAUAUAUAAGGUGUAUAUAUUUAACUUUUUGUGUAACCCUCAACUUGGGGGUUAUGUGAAACAUUUAGCAAAUUUUAAAUAGAAAAUGCAAAGCAGGAAUAUGAUAAAACACUCCUCAUAUAUCAUCAAAAUGCACUUUUUACACCUCUCUGAGAACUGGGUGGGCGUAGUCAUAAUUUUCUAAUGAGUGUGCGUGACUGACAGCUGUCUAUCACUGGCGAACGAAGGUUUAUUUAAGUUCAAUUUAAGCUCUCAAUGCACACAAUGCACUAAGAUGGUUGGUAAGCGACAGCUCACCAACUUGCCAGUUCUGGUUGCUCAGACUCGAAGAGAGAGGGCGGAGCUAUGUUAACUUUGGUUAGAAUUGGUCAUGGUUCCCAUGGACCCACUUUUAGCCCCGCCCAUAUCACACCCAGAGGAGAGUGAUAGUGGUGAAAUACAUAACAUUUUUAAUAUGAGAUAUUAAUAAGAAAUACUUUGUAUAUUUACACUUGGGACCCUGAACAAAUCUCACAUAUAGCUUCCCAGAGGCUUUAAACCAACACUUUAUUAUGUUACUGUUAAUAAAAGGUGUAAUCGUUUCGUAAGGGAUUCAGAACAUUGAUUUUUUUUCUGUUUAUUUCUCAAAGCCUUAACAUGUUUGUGUGUGCAGUAAAUAUUCAGCAUGUAUUUAACUAUCCACAAAUAUCCACAGAGUCCUGUGUGUGGUGACACGACAAGGUGUAAAGGUCAUAGGACAAAAAGCAACUGCUUGGAGUUUGUAAAGUUGCGUGUUCUUGUUUUGUUUGUGUUUCGUCUUAAAACUAUGCCGUUAUGAAUUUCUGAUAUUCAUAAUGGGCUCAUUUCUGUGUCUUUUUUACUCUUUGGAAGAAGCUUCUCCAUUUGAAGUUGAACUGAUCAAGAUUUCAGCUUCAUUGCAUUGUACAUAACUACAGUCCAAUUUAAUUAUAUUUCAUUUACGCUAUGUUUUAGAAACGUAUAUUAUUAUUCUAAUUUUUAAUAAUAUUAUUAUUAAUAUUUGUUUAGUGUCUUUUGAAUAACAAGCCUGACAUACCUGAGAAAUCCAAGUAAAUUAUAUGGACAUAGUGGAUACAUCUUUUGUGUAACUUUUAAUACUUCUCUCAAUAAACUCAUUUAAAUCAGA